AUGUUAUCAAGAGCUAUUAAAUCAUCAUCAGUCUCAACUGCUGCUUCAAUUAGAUUUUUUUCCACUUCAAGAGCCAUGUUAAUUGAGUCUGGAAGCAACAUUGGUAGAGAUUCAUUCCAUGAAAAGGAAAGAGCUCAAGAAAAUGUUUACAUCAAGAAACAAGAAGAAGCUCAAUUGAAGAAAUUGAGAGAGAAAUUGGAGGAACAAAAGCAAACAAUUGAGAAUUUGCAAGCUGAAUUGAAGAACCACAAGUCAAAGUAA